AAAACAAAAAAAGACGAUUCAUUGUUUUACAAUCCACGACGAAACAAGCAAAAAGUUGAACCACUGAUCAGUUGUACUACGAAUAUUUUGUUUCUUUUGAUCACAAAUUACGAAGACGAAAGACGGGAGAGCGUUGGCUGCUGCGACUUUGGUUGAGGGACUUUGUGGGAGGAGAGCAACCUUGUGGUGGGCUUUGGGAGGCAUGGUGCUUGUAAGCGACGAAAUAUGUCAGGAGUGAGAAUGUAUCGCAGGCGAGAGGAGAAGAUGCCCGAAGUCCGUGUCUUGGAAAGCAUGAUGUGUGGCGUCUCCAGAGAGAGAGAAGCUUCAUCCCAAAAGGAACAGGAAGAAAAGAAUCUCGAGGAGCAUGUACAUUGUGCCUUGGGGGAAGGUGCCAAAGAGAUCGAAGCGCUUUCGCUCGUGCUCGAGGGCUUCGUCGAUGUUGAGGACCUUGACAUAGAGAACGGCCGUUCCGGAAAGGUCGUCUCGCUCUUCCAAAGGUCGUCGCUUCAAGAUAAAGUCGGAGAUGUAGCCGAAUCCGGUGGGCAUGUAAGUCGAAGUGGUGAAGAGAAUGAACGGAAUGAAUCCCCACGGGAAGACCGGCUGCUUGGCCAGCGCCAGCUCGAAGCCGACAAUCAAAGCAAUGGUGCCUAUGAAGUGCUCGUAUGUACACCAGCCGAUCCAGGCAAUGACAGAAAACUGAGCGCGCUGUCGCAUCGAGCAGGGGUGAUCGCACCACCAUUGGGUCCUCUCAAGCAGGUUGAAGUCGACGCAGCCAGACUUGAGCUUGAUCCACUGCCACGACGAAAUCGGCAGAGGUGCGGGGGCGCUGUGGGAGGAAGGUGGGCGGAAAAAGUACCAUCCCUGCAGCGAGAGGAAGAGCGCAAGGGGCCCGCCGAUCAGGAGAAGCAGGAUGGCCGACUGGGUCGGCAGGUUGUAGAGGAUGGUGGGAGGGAGGUCGUCAAGCCCCCGGAUUCGCAGGAAAUAGUAGAGCGGCGAGAUGGGCAGGAUGAGGAACUGGAUGGCGAAGAGGAUGACCUUCCAGCGCAGGUUGAAGCGCUUGAAGCGCUCGAUGACCUCGUUGUCGACGGCGAUCAGCCCAGGAGCUCGGAGCGGGACGGUGAUGCUCGAGUACUGGAACUGAGAGGGGCGGUACUUGUGGAUGACUCGACGGCCACCCUGAUGGACAUGGAUUUGUGGGGCAUUGAGCAGCGGCUGGGUCUCGGAAGCGCUUUCGGAGGCGACAAUUCGCUGGGUGACCGAGAUGUUCACGGUUGUGGACGAGCUCUGGUCGUGCGAGGCCAUGGUUCGUGAAGCGGCGGCCGUUGGUCCGAGGAGAGUAGGUGGACGGGAGUGGUGGAUGAUGGCAGAAGAAGAACGGCGGUGCUG